GAUUUGGGGACAUCGGUAAAGAAACUAUCGAUUGUUUUUAAAACCAUCGAUAGUGUUGAAAAAUUAAGACUAUCGAUAGUACCAUUGAUAGUUGUACACCUCUAGUAAUUAACGACAAACAAGAAAAUAGAUAACACCAGAAUUGCUAGGUUUAUAAAACGCUGAGAUUUUCAAUGAAUUCGCGCAUACUUUUAAAGUAAAACAAAAUAUGCAAGCAUUAAAUACUUCAGCAAACGAAGGAAGUUGUAACACCACAUCGCCACCUGAGGAUUGGCACUAUUGGUGCCGGCUUUGUGCGAAAAUGGAUAUUCACAGCCAAAACGUAUUUUUUUGUUAUGAACCUCUUACCCUAGAAAAAACGGAUGCUAAAGACUCUACAAUGGUCAAAACGAUCGGAAAACAUUUUUGCGUGCAAAUUAAAUACGAUGACGACCUUCCAAAAUCGUUAUGCACAGGAUGUGUUUCAUUGUUGUCAACUCUCACAAAUUUCGAAGAACAUGUUGCCAAAGUACAAAAAAUGUAUACUGCCUUGCAAACUGGUUACUACGGUAAAGAUAUAGACUCCCAUUCCGUUAGAAUGAAGUAUGACAUUUUGAGAAAAGACGGGGCAGAGUUGUUCAUAAGCCCAUACGAGGAAAAGUGCGUUAAUGAAAUAGCAGCAACUAACUUAGAAAUAGAAAUAAAAGAAGAAGACCCUAAUAACUGUGCCCAGGUCGAUGAAGUUACAUGUGCAUUUGAGGAUGUGGAAGCAGAAGCUGAAGCCGAAGAUCCAUUUGCCAGUGAUAUUGACAUUGAUCACGAUGAAAGGAAGAUAUUUUCUGCAAAACGAUGCAGCGAAGCCACUAAUACGCUAGAUAAUAAAAUUUCCCACAUAAAAUCGUCAAAAGAACAACGUAAGAAACUCAAAACAAGACUGAAAAACACUGAACAGGAAGGUUUACUUACAGAUGAUAAUAAACUAAAAUUAAUACAAAGCGAAAAAAACAGUCCCGGCAAUAAGUCCAAAGGAUGUCUUGAUGCAUCUAAGCGAGCGUCAAGUGAUGACAAAUAUUUUUGUAGCGACUGCUCACUGCAUUUUCAGCGUCCUGGUAACUAUCGUAUUCAUAUGAAGAAAAGACAUGGAAAGGCAUUAGAACCUUUGACUUGCCCCCAAUGUCCGAGAUCCUUCAGAACGAUAUCUGGGUUGAAUGUUCAUUUAAAAAAACAUGUACCAUUGUCUGAGAAGCGAAUAUUUCCAUGCCCGCAAUGUGAUAAAAAAUUUCCGACAAAAGAAUAUGUAGCCACACACAUAAAAUUUGUGCACGAGGAUUUUCGUCCAUUUAUAUGUGAAGAAUGUGGCGAAGCUAAACGUACGGAAGCUGCUCUAAAAGAGCACAGGCUUAUACAUACUGACCUCGCUCCUUUUGUUUGUGAAAUAUGUAAGAAAGGCUUUAAAAAUAAAUAUCGCUUAAAGAAACAUAUGGACAUUCAUAGUUCCAAUAAGCACAUUUGUAGUGAGUGUGGGCUCGAACUGAAUUCGCGUGUAACUUUAAAUCGACAUAUGCUCGUGCAUUCAGAUAUUAUGCGUCACAAGUGCGAUUAUUGCGGCCGAGCAUUUAAGCGAGCAAAAACACUGAAAAGUCAUUUAAUACUCCAUAGUGGUCUAAAGCCAUAUUCUUGUGACUUUUGUGAUAAAACCUUUGCUAAUGGAGCUAACUGUCGUACUCACAAAAAAAAAUCUCAUCCAGAGGAAUUAGCUGCAUUAGAGGCGUCAGGAGCAAAGAUAUAUACUAAGAAUAUACCUAGGUUGGCUGUGUUAAAGACAGUAACACAAACAGCAGAAAACCUUUUUCCUGUUGUCUCCAAACAGAGCGGUAAUUUUUCAAUGUGUAGAAAACCGAAGCCUCCAAUUGAUUGUAAUGUUGGCACAAGAGAUUUCCAUAUGCCCACGAAGGGAGAUACGUCUUCUGAGGUCGUACCAUUAAGCAGUCAAACAGUUUUUUAAAAACAAAAGUUCGGAGCCCGUUACUUGCAUAAAAAUAACGUAUCGUAAUUUUCGUAAUAAGAAAUUAGACAUUAGUAUUUUUUGUAAAGAUGUUUUUUUUUUUAUUCUGUAUGCGUGUACAUACAUCGCACGUUUGCCGAAAGAUCGUCUUGAUAGGGAAAUUCCAAAAUGCGAGAAAAAGGCUUUAAAAUACCUAAAAUUGUCGAAAAGUGAUUGUUUUGACAAAUUUCAUUAUGAGACAAAAUUGACAGAUAACAUGAAAUUUCUUAACACAUAAAACAACAGCUAACCACCCUUUCAGCAAGCUUAACUCAGUUUUUUUUAUUCGGAUUGUGACGUUCUUCCAACAAACGAGCGACAUGUAAUUGCAUGUAAAAAUAUUUUAAAAAAUUAGCCUAAAAUUUUUUAGACUAUGACAGCUUUAUUGGUUAUAGAAAUACAAUAAUGUGCUGUUUUGUCAAUA